AUGAGUGCCUUUCACGGCCGAGUGUUUCGACCCUCGUUACGAUCAGUGGACGCGAAUCGAACCGAUGCCCAUCCAAAGCAGUGUCGUGAGCGUCAUCGCUCUGAACAACCGAGUGUUUGCGCCCACAGUCUGCAGAGCGUCGAAGCCUACAACCCUCAUACCAACUCCUGGAGAAUGCUUGCCUCCAUGUUUAACCCACGAAGGAACUUUGGCGUCGAGGUGAUGGACGGCCGCUUGUACGUGGUUGGCGGCUACAGCGACGAAAGCACCACAACCAACUGCGCGUACUACGACGAAGAGAACGAUGACUGGUACGAGACGUAUAGCGUCAGGUCCAGAAAUCUGCCGUUCUGGAGUUCAGAUAUAAAUCGAGACCAGGAUCAGAACUGUAGUGAUGUCUAG